AUGGCACAAUCUCAUCAUUCUCACCACUCUCAUUUCACGGAGGUCAACCGCCAAUACUUCGAUAAAACUGCCCGCGAUUAUGACACGGGCUUUGAGAAAGGCAUUAGUAUGAUGAGAGAAGAGACCUUGAGGCACCGCCUGUGGAUUAGCUCCAGGUGGACGGACACUGCAGAAGGCAAGGGAAAAGAGAUCAGACUUUUGGAGUAUGCGUGUGGACCGGGACACGUAACUCGAACACUGGAGCCCUUUGUGACCAAAUGCCUCGGUCUCGACGUCUCGGAGAACAUGGUUGCCGUUUACAACCAACGAGUCGAAGAAGCUGGCAUCCCCUCCGAGAAAAUGUCUGCAAAGGUUGGCGAUCUGCUCGCGGAGAACGUAUCCGAGGAUCUACAAGGGCCUGAGUAUCGUGAUCUCGACAUCAUCAUUGUUAGCAUGGCCUUGCACCACUUUUCGGAUCCUCAGCUGGCAUUGAAACGCCUAGCUGAUAGAUUACAAAAAGGUGGUGUCCUUUGGAUUGUCGAAAUGUUGGAAGAACCUCAUGCCAAGGACGAGCACGAGCGAGUCAGCCCGGAGACUGCGCAGAUAGUUCAUAAGCACGGUUUCGGUGUUGAUGAGAUGAAAGAUUUGUUUUUGGGAGCUGGGCUCGGUGACGCAGAUGUCAAGAUCUUAGACAGAAGACUGUUCAAACCUCAUACCUCACCACAUCUCCGCUCCACACACGCAACAAUCGUAUCGUGGAGGGCUGGUACCGAGUCAAUUGGUCAGUCUUCUUUCACGACAGUCUUUUGGGGCGACCGAUCGACCAUGCAAAAGUGCCGGGCCUUCAAUGGCGCUCUGGGCCGGAAGGCACUGGCUCCCACCCCUGCCAUUGGACGAGUGCAAUUUCAGGUGCAGCGAAGGAAUAUACAGGAUGUCCACAUCACUAGGACCGGAAAGCCGAUUCUGAAGAUCCAGGGAGGACGAUCUUCCUUGGGAGGACACACUGCCACCGUCUUUGGAGCUACCGGUUUCCUCGGCCGUUACAUUGUAAACCGACUCGCUCGUGCCGGAUGUACCGUCGUUGUUCCCUUCCGUGAGGAAAUGACCAAGCGUCACCUCAAAGUCUCUGGAGAUCUCGGUCGCGUGGUUUUCACGGAAUACGACCUUCGCAACACACAAUCGAUUGAAGAGAGCGUUCGCCAUUCCGACGUUGUUUACAACCUUGUCGGCCGUGACUAUCCUACCAAGAACUUCACCUACGAGGACGUCCACGUUGACGGUGCAGAGCGUAUCGCUGAGGCAGUCGCCAAAUACGACGUUGACAGAUUCAUCCACGUUUCUUCUUACAAUGCCGCCGAGGACUCUCCAUCGGAGUUCUUCAAGACCAAAGGUUGGGGCGAGCGUGUUGUUCGUGAGAUCUUCCCGGAGACAACUAUUGUGCGCCCCGCACCAAUGUUCGGAUUCGAGGACCACCUGCUUCACAAGCUUGCUGGUGUCACAAAUCUCUUGACUGCCAACCACAUGCAGGAGAAAUACUGGCCCGUUCACGCCAUUGAUGUCGGAACUGCUCUUGAGCGCAUGUUGUAUGAUGACAACACUGCUUCUCAAACAUUUGAGCUCUACGGCCCCAAGCAGUACUCUACUGCCGAGCUUGCCGAGAUUGUCGACAAGGAAAUCAUCAAGCACCGCCGCCAUAUCAACCUUCCCAAGGCUGUUCUUAAGCCGGCUGCUUACUACCUGAACAAAUACUUGUGGUGGCCUACCAUGUCCGCUGACCAGAUCGAGCGAGAGUUCAUUGAUCAGCACAUUGACCCCACCGCCAAGACGUUCAAGGACUUGGAUAUUGAACCCGCUGAGAUUAAUAGCCUCACCUAUCUCUACCUCAUGGGCUACCGAAGCUCUCAAUACUACGACUUGCCCCCAGCAACUGAGCGUGAGCAAAGAGAGGAGAAGAAAUAUCUGCACGUUCUGGAUGACCAAUAG